GGAGUAUUCCGGCCGACGCUUCCGAUUGGGACCUCGGAAAUUUCGCCCGUGACGGGAGGAGACUCCUUGCGAGCCGAGAGACAGACAAGCUUCCGGUUGAUGUCGCUCCUCCUGAGCCGCACGCUCGCGCAGUCCUCUCUGCUGGUGCAAAGACUCGGCGGCCGACGAGCGCCCGGUGUCCUCUUGCGUGCACCAAUAAAAGUCCGACAACUCGUUGCAGAUAUUCCGACGGUGAGAACGGCCGCUCAGUGUUCAGCAGCCAUGGCCAAAAGGAGGCCCUUCGAGCGGUUACCCACGGAUGUGUACCCCGUCAACUACGGACUCCGUCUGCAGCCCGACCUCGUCAACUUCACGUUCGGCGGCAAGCUGCAGGCUAUGGUGGAGGUGACGCAAGCCACCAAUCAGAUUGUGAUGAACUGCGCCGACAUCGACAUCAUCACAGCCUCCUUCGCGCCUCAGGGAGGAGACGAAAUUGACGCCACUGGAUUCAACUAUCAAAACGAGGACGAGAAGGUGACCUUGUCCUUUCCUUGCGCUCUGAAGAAAGGUUCCGGUGUGCUGAAGAUCAAGUUUGCGGGCGAGCUGAAUGACAAAAUGAAAGGUUUCUACAGAAGUAAAUACACCAACACCGCAGGAGAGACCUGCUACGCUGCCGUCACACAAUUCGAGGCCACGGACGCCCGCCGAGCGUUCCCCUGCUGGGACGAGCCGGCCAUCAAAGCCACCUUUGACAUCACGCUGAUCGUCCCCAAGGACUGCGUCGCUUUGUCAAACAUGAGCGUCGUCGAGCGCCAGCCGUACCCAAGCGAGGAAGGCCUGGUGGAGAUCACGUUUGGCACCACGCCCAUCAUGUCCACCUACCUGGUGGCCUUUGUCAUCGGCGAGUUCGACUUUGUGGAGAGUCAGUCGUCGGACGGCGUGCUGGUGCGCGUCUACACGCCGGUGGGGAAGGCUGAGCAGGGUCGCUUUGCGCUGGAGGUGGCAACAAAGACGUUACCUUUCUACAAAGACUACUUCAGUGUUCCGUAUCCGUUGCCGAAGAUUGAUCUCAUCGCCAUAGCCGACUUUGCUGCUGGUGCCAUGGAAAACUGGGGCCUUGUUACUUACAGGGAGACGGCGCUGCUCAUCGACCCCAAGAACUCCUGCGCGUCUUCCCGGCAGUGGGUGGCGCUGGUGGUCGGUCACGAACUGGCCCACCAGUGGUUUGGAAACUUGGUCACCAUGGAGUGGUGGACCCACCUGUGGCUCAAUGAGGGCUUUGCGUCAUGGAUCGAGUACCUGUGCGUGGACCACUGCUUCCCGGAGUACGACAUCUGGACGCAGUUUGUGUCGGCCGACUACACGCGGGCUCUGGACCUGGACGCGCUGGACAGCAGCCAUCCCAUCGAGGUCAACGUGGGCCAUCCGUCCGAAGUGGACGAAAUCUUUGACGCCAUCUCUUACAGCAAAGGCGCCUCGGUCAUCCGAAUGUUGCACAACUACAUUGGAGACGAGGACUUUAGGAAAGGAAUGAACGCCUAUUUGUUGAAGUUCCAGCACAAAAAUGCCUCGACAGAGGACCUGUGGGAAUGUUUGGAGCAAGCUAGCGGCAAACCCAUCGCCACAGUGAUGAACUCGUGGACCAAACAGAUGGGCUUCCCCAUUAUCGCAGUCAAACAGGAGCAGCACGGUGACGACCGCGUCCUCAAUAUCUCUCAGAAGAAGUUCUGCGCAAGCGGACCGCAGAAUGGUGAGAAUAGUUCCUACUGGAUGGUACCCAUCAGCAUCUGUACCAGCAAGGACCCCACCUGCAGCAAACUCCAGGUUCUACUGGACAAACCCCAGACCAGCGUCACCCUGCCAGGCGUCAGCCCCGAGCAGUGGGUCAAGAUCAAUCCCGGCACGGUGGGUUUCUACCGCAUCCAGUACAGCUCGGCCAUGCUGCAGAGCCUGCUGCCCGCCAUCAGAGACCUCAGCCUGCUGCCGGUGGACCGCCUCAGCCUUCAGAACGACCUCUUCUCCCUGGCCCGCGCGGGCGUGAUCAGCACGGUGGAGGUGCUGCGUCUGAUGGAGGCCUUCGUCAACGAGCCCAACUACACGGUGUGGAGCGACCUCAGCUGCAACCUGGGAGUCCUGUCUUCGCUGCUGUCCCACACCGACUUCCACGAGGAAAUCCAGGAGUUCAUCCGAGACCUUUUCACGCCCAUCGGCCUCCGCCUGGGCUGGGACUGCAAGGCCGGAGAAGGCCACCUGGACGCCCUGCUGAGGGGCCUGGUUCUCGGCAAGUUGGGCAAGGCGGGACACAAACCCACCUUGGAGGAGGCCCGGAGGAGAUUCAAGGAGCACGUGGACGGCAAACACGUUCUGCCGGCGGACCUCAGGAGCCCGGUGUAUUUAACGGUGCUGAAGCACGGCGACGGCAGCACGUUAGACACCAUGCUCAGGCUCCACAAGCAGGCGGACAUGCAGGAAGAAAAGAAUCGCAUCGAGCGAGUGCUCGGCGCCAUCUCGGCGCCGGAGCUCAUCCAGAGGGUGCUCGCCUUUGCCCUCUCGGAAGAGGUGCGUCCUCAGGACACGGUGUCGGUGAUAGGCGGCGUGGCCGGCAGCAGCAAACAAGGCCGCAAAGCCGCCUGGAAGUUUGUGAAGGACAACUGGGAGGAGCUUCACAACCACUACCAGGGCGGCUUCCUUUUGUCGCGCCUCAUCAAGCUGACAGUGGACGGCUUCGCCAUCGACAAAAUGGCCACAGAAGUCAAGAGUUUCUUCGAGAGUCACCCGACGCCGGCGGUGGAGCGCACAGUGCUGCAGUGCUGCGAGAACAUCCUGCUCAACGCCGCCUGGCUCAAGCGUGACGCCGACGACAUCCACCAGUAUCUGAUGCAGCGCAAGGCGCCCCCCAUUUGAGCGUGUCUCCCCCCCCCCCCCCCCCCCCCGUCCCCAUCCCGCCCAUUUCCAUUUCCCCCCGCUACUUUCUUCCAGACCCCAACCCCGCCCGCUCUAUCUUCCUCGGGCGGUAGAAAACGGAACGCGGGCGUACAUUUUCUCUCCAGACGCUGAACACCGCCAAGCCAAGAAUCUCAGAGACUACAAACGACUGCGAUGUCAUUUGCACCUGGACUGACAGGGAUGCUUGUUUUUAGCCACCCCACCCCCACCACCACCCCACCAUCUUCCAAAGCCACCAAGACUUGUCGUCAACACCCUUGCCCGCCUCCAGACAACUGUGAAGCCCUUUUUAUCGUGCAUGACUCACUCGGCGUUAUUGGCAAAGUGUGUUGAAAAGGCACCAGGAGGUCGGCUUGCGCUCUCCGGCGAUAACGCACCCGAGUUUUUACGUCAUCAAAUUAGUGCAGUCAAUCAAUAAUAGUCAGGCUAAUAAUAUGAAUUCAUAACAAACCAAUCACGUGUCAGAAUCUUGAUUUGGUCUUGAAUAGAACAUUUUUUUUGGAGGGGUGGGGGGCUUUUUCCUUUUCAAUUUCGUGCCACACAAAAUGCAGUCGUAUGAUGGGGGGGAAAAUCCACAUUUUUCAUAAAUACAUGACAUAAUACUCAGCAUAGUUAGACCCAAAUACGGAAAUAGAUUUGAAAAAGGAAAACAGUACUUCAUGAAAUGAAACCUGAAAAGUCUUACAAAAAAUAUUCAAUGCAAAAAAAAUCACCCAAAUAAAAGUAUGAAUGGAUGAAAAUGUAAACGUUAGGUUCUUGAUUUGGUGUUUGAGGGGAAAACAAGGGAAAAAUGAGGGGGGUGGAAAAGCCAAAUGAAUGGGUCAAAAGAAUAAUGACAGAUAAUAAUUGAAAAUACUCAAACGUGCAUUUCCUGCGAUUGGCUGGCAACCAAUUCAGAUCCUAAUGAGGAUAAAGCGGUUUGGAGAAUGAAUGAACAAAUGAAAUUUUUAAAUGAGUUUUUAAAAUAAUUCACCAAAAUACUAAAAAAUAAUAAUGACAAAAAAUCUCAACCAAAGAGACAAAUGUGAAACGACACAAUUUUGACCAAUUUGAAAGAAAUGCCCGUGCGAGAACAUACAAGCAAAUUCAGUCUCAGGAGAAAAAAAAUAUUGGCCCGAAAAAAAUGCUACCAAAAAAAUACAAAUCGAAGAUGAAAAGAAAAAAGAAUAUUUGGAGACAUGACAAAAUGCUUGUCUUGGUCGGGGAAUAAAACGUUUAAAUAUGUUUCUGUUCUAAUACGUGAAAUAUGAAUUCAUAUAUAGGAAUAACCCUUUAUUUUCUCCUAAUUCCCAACACUUCUGGAGGAUUGGAGGUUUUCCUUUCUCCUCUUUUUCUGCCUUCUCAAUUUUUCUUGCUACCUUUCUAUGUGUCUUUAAUCUAUGGACAGGUCAGCCACCAUUGAGAGGGAACACCCGCAUCCUCCGUUUUGACACCUUUUGUUUGGAUUGAGCGCCGCCAUUGGCCGGAAGCGGGACAUCAGCGGAGUUAGCGCUGGCCCACCAAGUAUGUGACAGGAACUUUCGCCCCCCCCCCCUUUUUUUCACUUCAUGAUGACGUCCUGAUUCUGCUAUGACUCUUGGAGUAAGAGGUGAAGAUACUCCGGUGACUUUUUUUUUGUUGUUGCUUUUUUUUUCCCCUCCGGAAGCCUUAAAUUGGUCGACUGCUUUGCGGUAAACGGGAUGAAUGAAAUGAAGGAAAAAGAAACGUGAUGAUUCAGACUUGUGAUGGAAAUACUGGAAUAUCAAAUUGACUGAUGUGGUUUUGGAGACGUGAAGUCAUCCAGACCCCCGGACAUCAUUAAUAUUUAUUAGUUUUUUGGGAGGUUAUUUUUUUGUUUCAAAUAUGAUCGGCGUUCAAUAAAGUGAAAGGAUGAUA